AUGUCCUUCCUAGGCUUCAGCGGCGCGCAGCCGUCAUCGGCGCAAAAGAUCGCGGCGGCAGAACAGGAGCUGGAGAUGAUCACCGACAUGUUCAACCGGCUGUCGAAUUCGUGCACCAAGAAGUGCAUUCCCACCGACUACCGCGAGGGCGAGCUCAACAAGGGCGAGAGCGUGUGUCUCGACCGGUGUGUCAGCAAGUUCUUCGAGAUCAACGUCAAGGUCUCGGAGCAGAUGCAGAAUCUCCAGGCGUCGAAGGGCGGUUCCGGAGGUGGAUUUGGCGGGUUCGGACAAUAG